UUCGCACUCACAGUCUCCAUUCCCACUGCAACUUGACCAUAUGAAUGACGAUCCCCCAUCCUGGUCCUAUCUGUACAUGCGCACCACGACAGUAUAGAAGAUUCCAACGCUCCUUUUCCUCCGUCGCAACCGUAUCCGCCACCCUCUCACCCCUUUGAUUGAUUCUGGCUGGAAUCUCUACAUAAUCUCAACCCGACCGGUUCGUGAGGCACUAUGACCCAGGCUAUCUCAACCUCGUGCCCUCCAAUAAUGGAGGGAAGCGCCCGAGCGCCCGCGAUUCAUCUUCCCGACGGCAGCGUUCAGAAGUCUUCCACGCUCCUAUCGCCGACCUCAAACCCCACUCAUUACCGCAACGGUCAUGUCAACCUGGAUACCUUCUCUCCUGUCAACGAGAAUGGUAGUUUUGAGUUCGACCGAGUCCUGAAGACCGGAAAAGUGUUUCGUCGCGUGAAACACAAGCAUGCCUUUAGAGCUUCAUGGAAACCUGCAUACCUUGUCCUCCGCCCGAACCUCCUCUCCGUGUACAAAGACGAAGAGGCCACACGACUCCGUGCCUCGAUCACCCUGUCCGAAGUGACCGCUGUCGCCUCCGUCCGGUCGCCCCGAUCGAACCGACAGUACGUCUUCGGUAUAUUCUCUCCUUCUAAAAACUAUCGCUUCCAAGCUGCCACGGACAAGGAAGCCGAGGAUUGGAUCAGAUACAUCCGGGCCGAGACGCGCAUGGACGAAGACGAAGAAGCAUUUUUGGCGCUAUCGAAACCGGGGGAUGCUGCGGCCGCCAGCAGUAAGCGCCGAGUUUACGAUACCACCGAUCACUCGGACUUCGACCAGCGCGGACGGCCAAGCUCCCCAGAAGUAGGGGGCGCACUGUCAUCGGCGAACAAGUCGAGACGCUUCGCCUCUCCGCACGACCACUCAGCCAACGAUAUCACCUCGUACUCGGAAUGGUCGGACGGGCCAGGAAGCAACACCAGCGUGCGCCUACGGUCCCCGUCGGCGCACAACCGAUCUGCAUCUGCUAUCGCGGAAGGAUCGUCCUCGAAUGCGCGGGACACGGGCCGGCCCAACGACACUGGGGUUCUGCGUGAUCCCGAAAGGGUAGUAUGCAACGGGUACCUCCAGUGUCUUCGCAUCAAGGGUUCGAUGCGCCAGUGGAAGCGAUUAUGGGUGGUUUUGCGUCCGAGCGGGCUGGGCUUUUACAAGGACGAGCAGGAAUAUUCCGCCAUCAAGAUCAUCCCUAUGUCGCAAGUGAUCGAUGCCGCCGAAAUCGACCCCAUGUCCCGGUCCAAGAACUUUUGUCUGCAAAUUAUCGCGGAAGAAAAAUCCUACCGCCUCUGCACGACAGACGAGGAAUCCCUGGCUAAAUGGCUGGGGUCGCUGAAGAGCAUCCUCGUGGCGCGCAAGAAACUCGAACCCGCUCCAGCGGGCGGCUCAGGCACAGCCGGACUGUCCUGAGCAAAGGGGAGAAAGCAGAGAGAAACAUCAUGAGAGAUCAUGUAAGAAAGAAAGAAAAAUACAGAAAAACAAACGAACAGCAAACAGGGAGGACCAAGAUAUAGGU